AUGCUAACAACCACUCUGCUAGGCGUGGCGCUGGCCUGCCUAGCCGACCAAUCAGAAACCGCCAUAGAGCAGCCAAUGGGCAACCCUGAAGUAUUCCUCCAGCUAAAAUACGACGGGGGUGAACUCGAGAGGAUCUACCUCACACAAUUUCGGAAGGAAGGGAGGCCAGUACCCGCUCGCCAGAGCUUGUGCACGGAGCUGUGUCACGCAGGUUUUGGUGGCGACGCCUGCGGUUCAGCCUGCCUCUCUCUCAUGCCAGUCGGCCUGAAGACAGCUCUCACCAGCGGCAACAAGACAAGCGAACAAUAUGGACAACCCAGGGUCGAUGUCUGCCCGUCUUUGUGUAAUAACCAACUAGGUGAACCAUUAUGCAACUGUGGAAGUGGUACCACAUUCACCCACCCCACUAAUUGGACCAUGGUCUGCGAGGCGUUUUGUGUUACCGACGGAUAUGUACUAAACGGUUGUCCAGCCUGCGACUCCUACCCAGCCACAGUACAAACUUUGGCGGUCAGUGCAAGAAUGCUCGACACAGUCGAAGGCUGGCAGACCUGGUGCAACGUACAAUGCCGGCAGGGGCAGGGCGGCGCGGCUUGCAACUGCGAUCGAAUGCCAUUCUAAUGUCAAAAUUCCAGCGUCAUUCAUCAUUCCUUUUUAAAACAGAUUAUUUAAAUUAAAAUCUGACAGUUCGUAUUCAGUCAAGUUCGCACACGAAAAUGUCAAAUGGGGAAUGAAAAAAUAUUGCUGUCUAUGUUGAUUUGAAUAUUUUCUUCUCUUUGUUGAGUUAUUGGCGUUAAAAAAUUACAUGAUCAGAUUUCGUUGACCUAUAAGGUAAGUUAGUUGUAAUAUACCACUUAUUACGUAAAAUGUUUAAUAAAUAUAGCGUAUUUGGCACAUUCACUUUUGGAUUUAUUUUCUUCUGGGAGAAUUUGUUAAAGAUCAUUAAAUUAACGUUUACGUUUUAAUAACCGAAAACUUUGACUUCAAUAUGAAUAACAAUGUAAUAUUAUUUAUGUAAUUGACGAUGUUAACAAAUACUAAAAUGUAUAAAAAAAAUAAAUACUAAAAUGUAUUUUAAAAAGAAAUACUAAAAUGUAUUUUAAUAGCAUACUUUAUUUAGAGUCUCAUAAUUCGCACCAAAAAAUGAAAAUUUAUUGGCCUUAUAGUGAAAUUAUUAGUGCCGGUAAAAUUUGUUCAAUCAAUAAUUUUCUUUCUUUUUUAAUUCCCGUAUCCGCUUGUGCCAGAGUAAAUAUGCGCUAUAUUUUAAUAAUGUAAUAUGUUUAUUAGAAUAACAUGGCUUACUUUUAACUAUAAGGAAAAAUACAUUUACAUUAAUAUCGAUAGUAAAAAAUAUAUUUUUGAAAAUAUAGAUAUAUAAGAUGUAUAUACAAAAAUACUGUGCGAACGACAAUAUAAAAUUAGAUGAUAAUAACUGUAUUCGGUAAUUGUAAUUUUUAUUUUUAUUAAAUUUUAUUUAUGAUUUAUUUUUUAUUUUGUUUUUAACCUACCUGUCAAUUAAUAUCAUGGACGAAAAUUUGGGGUGGCAACAUUUCUGUUCAAAUCGUUUAUGAUGUACGAUUUUUCGUCUGGUAAUGAUAAAAAAAACAAAAAAGCCAUUUUUUUAGCUUGAAAUUAUGUUUAUUUAUCACGAAAUCUUGUCACUUCAAAAUUAAGUUCAAUGAGUAAUUAUUUUGACUCCCUAAAGUUUUCAAUUUAAAAAUUCGUGUCAGUAGUUGGCUAGAACGGUGUUGUUAGAACGAAAUUUUCCGUAAAUUUGUAAUUUGUAAACGUUGUUUAAACGUAGAUGAUUAAGAUGGUAAUUAAGUGUAAAAACAUAGUUAAUGUUAGACUAAUUUACACGAUACCAUAACGC